AUGCACCAGAUCCUGCGGUCCCUCACCGAGCGGCCCGAGGGCAAGGGCCUCCUCAUCAAGAAGGAGACCAAGCGCCGCAACACCCAGCCGGGCAACAAGGACAAGGGCGAGAAGACCGAGCGGGAGCACCUGCUGUCGGAGUCGGCGAUGGUGUCGGCGGUGAACGAGCACCGGUCGAUCAUCCAGGCCGGCGGGAUGGUCCACGACAUCUACCGCGACCCGAACAUCCCCGAGGUGCUGCUCGCCCGGGAGCCGCUCGAGGAGCUCUCGCAGCGCCUGCUCGAGCUGCUGGUCGAGUUCGAGGGCAACGCGCUCCUGGAGCAGCUCCUCAAGAUCACCCGGCGCGUGCUGUCGUUCCCGAUCACGUCGCCGCUCAUGAAGGUCCUCACGGGCCUCGAGUUCCUGCACGGCAAGACCAACGACUGGGAGUCCAACGCCGCCAAGCGCGUCUCGCUCUACGCGCACAUGGAGAAGAUCGGCCGCCUCAUCGGCCGCUGGCGCCGGCUCGAGCUCCAGAGCUAUCCGCUCAUCUUCUACUCGCGCCUCCAGUCGCACCAGACCGCGGCCGAGAAGUGGUGGUUCCACCUCUACUCGCUCCUCAAGUACAGCGACCUGGGCAUCGAGAAGGCCGACGACGCCGCCGCCAAGGCCGCCGGCGCCGAGCCCGCCGAGUCGACGCUGUACGUGUUCGAGGGCGACGAGAGCGCAACGUUCCUGCAGAAGGGCAUCGACGCCGGCGUCCCGGUGGCGGAACGCACCGACGCCGACUUCGCCUCGCCGGUCCUGCGCGAGGCCUUCGAUCUUGACAACCCGAAGCGGAAGCAGAACCGUCUGCCCGCGCUCUACGGGCGGAUGACCAAGAUCUGCGAGCGCGACAUCCUCUACUGCGACGAGGGACGUCGCACGCCGCCCCAGCCGCCCAAGCCCGUGGAAAAGAAAAAGAAAAAGCAAAACAAGAAGAACGACAAGAAGAACAAGGGCAAGGACGGCGGCGGCGACGACGAAAAGAGAGAAGAAGAGACGCCGUCGGUGGUCGAAGAAGAUCAAGAUGAUGAGGAAGAGGAAGAGGAGGCCAUGUCCUGGAAGGAGGAAGAGAUCAGAGAGCUGGAGUGGUUCAAGGAACGGGUCGCGGCCAACAGCGUGGCCCUCCGGAGCAAGGAGAAGCCCCGCACGCAGAAGAUGCACAUGAUCCGCCAGCUCCUCCAGUCCUUCCAGUCCCGCGGCCUCUCGCACCUGUCGACGGCGUACAACCUGAAGCAGAAGGGACUGCCCUACCUGCUGUCGCUCCCGUCGAUGGAGGCGGUCGAGCAGACCUUCACCGUGGGCGACAAGGCGCGCAUGUGGGUGAGCGCCAACGAGCAGUACUACCGCUGCGUGCGCCGCAUGCGCCACCUGCGCGAGGCCAGCACCAUGCCCUCCAAGGAACUCAACCAACGGGAGGUCCAGCGGAUGUCGGGCUACGCCGAGCAUCUGUUCCAUUUGAUCAUCACGGAGCGCGAGGCCCUGGCACAGGCCACCUCGCAUAUCCGAUCGCUCGGUGCUUUCAACAGCCUGCUCGCCACCAUCCACGAGCGCAGCAAGUACCAGAGCGUCGCCGCUGCCGCUGAUCCCAUGCCCCCGCAGAAGGACGCCCUCCAAUGGGCGCGCAAGCAAAAGCGUAUUGCAGCGCAGCUGACGAUGACGCUGGCGCAAGCGGCGAUCCUGUGCGACGCCCUCAAGUCGCCGCUGGGAUCGGUCCAGCGGGUCAACAGGCAGCUCGAGCUCGCCCGCAAGGUCGAGACCGACCUGCUCCUCCAGUUCGCCUGGCACCCCGAGCCCCAGUCCCUCCUCGGCGCCGACGACGAGGAAAUCGACGAGGAGCAGAACAAGCACGUGCUGGUGAGCAGCGAGACGUGGGCCGUGGUGGUGGCCAACUACGUGCAGCUGCAGAACGUGGCCAACGUCACGGCCGAGACGCUGCUCGACGAGUCCUCCCUCUUCCCGGUGCCGCUGGCCCACUCCAUCUGCGCCUUCCUGCGGGAGGUGGCCGAGGCCGCCUCGCAGUUCCGCCGUUGGCUGCGCGACACCCACCACCAGGCCAAGGGCGAGCUCAACGAGCCGGAGAGCGAGCACGAGAAGCGAUUCGGCGCCGCGUUCAGCGAGAAGAUGGAGGCCGCCAUCAACUCGCUCCUCGUGGCCGUGCAGAACGUGCAGAAGGUCCAGAAGACCGCCGAUCCCUUCGUCCAACGCAAGCAGAAGGCGGAGAACAACAACAAGAAGAGCGAAGACGACGACAAGAACGAAGAGAAGGACGAAAACGACAAGGAAAAGAAGAGCGAAGACGAGGAGGAGGAAGAAGAAGAGGAGGAGCGAAGGAAGUGCAACUUCCUGCAGUUCCACAACUACCUCAGGGACCUCAAGGAGGGCCUCAACAUGAAGAACGUGCGCGACAACAUCGAGGCCGUGAUCGCCCUGGUCGCCGCCGAGUGCGCCGGCCGAGUCCAGUCCGCCGAUGCCGAUAGCGCCAGCGCCAGCAGCACGGACGCCUCGUUGGCGCUCUCCACCGCCGUUCAGAAGGACCGCGUGGCGCUCGCCCUCCUCGCCCAGUUCUACCCUCUCGUCGCCCAAUACCACUCCCUCGUGGACUGGUAUGUGAGGCGUCUGCUGGGGUUCCACUCGUCGCUGGCCCGUACGCACCACCAGGUGUCGGGCCUGUUCCUCACGCUGCUCACGCGAGGCUACUGCAACCCGGAGGAGGAGGCCGAGGGCGGCGGCGGCGAGGGCGACAUGAAGCUGCAGGACGACAUCCAGGGCACGGGCAUGGGCGACGGCACCGGCAAGAAGGACGUGUCGGACGAGAUCGACAACGAGGACCAGCUCAUGGGCACCAACAAGGAGGAGAAGGAGGAGAACAAGGAGCCCGCGCCCGAGAACGACGACGAGGAGAAGGGCUUCGAGAUGCAGCAGGACUUUGACGGCGAGAUCGAGGACAUGCCGGACAAGGGCGACGAACAGGAGGAGGACGAAGACAAGGAAGAAGAGGACGAAGAGGAGGAGGAGAUGGACCGGGAGAUGGGCGAGAUCGACAGCGAGGACGAGGAGGUGGUGGACGAGAAGAUGUGGGGCAGCGAGGACGAGGAGGAGGACAACACGCGGCAGGACGGCAAGGAGAAGAUCGACCGCGACAACACGGUCGACGCCGACCCCGAGGGCGAGGAGGAGAUGGUGGCCAAGGAGGACAACGACGGCACCGACGACAAGGACGACGGCGACAAGGAGGACGACGACAAGAAGAAGAAAAAGAAGGAGGAGAAGGGCAAGGAGGACGAUGAGGGCGAGAGGGGAGACGAGGAGGACGAUGAAGAAGACGAAGAGGAGAAGGGCAAGAAGAAGGAGGAGCAGGAGCAGGAGGACGAUGAUGAGGGCGACGUGAACGACAUGGAGGACAUCUACGAGGACAAGGGCAAGGACGUGCGCCAGGAGGAGGAGUUCGAGCUGCCCGACGACCUCGAGCUCGACGGCAACGACAAGAAGGACCAGGAGGAGGAGGGCGGCAUGGACGAGGAGGAAGAGGAGGAGGAGAAAGAAGAAGACAAGAAGAAGGACGACGACGACGAUGUGAUGGACAUCGCCGACGACGACGAUGAGAUGAAGGAGGGCGAGGGCGAGGCCAAGGAUGAGGAGGAGGGCACCAAGGAGGACGAGGAGGACAAGAAGCCCGACGAGGAUCAGGAGAAGAAGGACGACAACGAGGGCGAAGAGCGUCAAGACGACGACGACGACGAAAAGGAGAAGGACGACAAAGAGAAGGAGCUGGACGCGGAGGGCGAGGACGAGAAGCAGGCGGGCAUGGGCGGGCAGGAGGCGAAGGAGAACGAAGAGGAGGAGAAGAAGGAGGAAGAGGAGGAAGAGGAGGCGGAGAAGAGCAACGCGCAGGAGAUCAACGCGGAGGACAAGGAGGAGGUGGCCAACACCGAGACCCAGCCGCAGGGCGUCAUGCACGAGACCAUCCGCAAGUCGGCCAACGUGCAGAUGGAGGACCAGCAGGACCAGCCCCGCCCGCAGGACGACCUCAACCAGGCCGACGAGAACGCGCAGGAGGCGAUGUCGUCGGACAUGGACGAGCGGUCGCAGCGGUGGAUCAAGUCGAUGAAGAACCCGCCGCAGCCCGAGCGCGAGGACAAGAAGAAGCAGGAGAAGAAGAAGCGCGAGCGGGUGGACCCCAAUCCCUACCGCAGCGAGGGCGACGCCACCAAGGAGUGGAAGGAGCGCCUGCGCGUCAUGGACAAGCUCACCGAAGAGGAGGAGAAGAAGGACGGCGAAGAAGACGACCAGAUGGAUCUCGACCACGAUGAGGAGGAGGACAAGGAGGAGGCCGAGAUGUACGAGUUCAUGAAGGAGGACGACCGGGACAAGGAGGACGCGCAGACCCUGGCGCCGGCCGACGAGACGCAGGCCAAGUCGAUCCCGCAGAAGGAGGACGACAAGAAGCAGAAGGACGGCGAGAACGGAGACGAGGAGGAAAAGAACGAAGACGAAGAGGAGGAGGAAAAGAACGAAGAGGAGGAGGAAGAGGAGAGGGAGAAGGGCGAAGGGGACGAGGAGAAGGAGAAGGAGCGGGAGCGGGUGAAGGAGAUGCGCGCCCUGCGGAUGGCCAAGGACCAGCGCCGCGGGAAGAACGGCGAGGAGGAGGAAACGCCGGAGGACGACGUCGAGGACCUCACCAAGGACGACGACGCCCAGGCCGACGCCGACGACGCCGACGCCGAGCGGCGCGACGAUGGCAGCUCGCACCACAGCAUGCCACAGCUCCUCGACGAAGAAGAAGAACAGCCAAAGAAGGCGGCCGAGGCGGAGGAGGUGGUGCUGCUGACGCCGGAGGCGAUGGCAGCCAAGCGCGAGGAGCUGGACCGGGAGAUGGCCGAGUGGCGGGAGAAGGGGGACAUGGUCCACGCGGAGAAGCUGUGGCGGGGCUACGAGGCGCUGACGGCGCCGCUGGCGCAGGACCUGUGCGAGCAGCUGCGGCUCAUCCUGGAGCCCACGCUGUGCACGCAGAUGCGGGGCGACUACCGCACGGGCAAGCGGCUCAACAUGAAGAAGGUGAUCCCCUACAUCGCGAGCCAGUUCAAGAAGGACAAGAUCUGGAUGCGCCGCACCAAGCCCAGCAAGCGCACCUACCAGGUCAUGCUCGCCAUCGACGACUCGCGCUCCAUGUUCGAGAACCGCGCGGGCCACAUGGCCUGCCAGGCCCUCACCCUCAUGGCCAAGGCCCUCGCCCAGCUCGAGGUGGGCCAGCUCGCCAUCCUCCGCUUCGGCGAGACCUCCGACGUGCUCCACCCGUUCGACACGCCCUUCACCGACCAGUCGGGCGUCGACAUCAUCUCCCACUUCACCUUCAAGCAGGAGAACACCAACGUCGUGCGCCUCAUGGAGAGCGUCGUCUCCACCUUCGACCUCGAGCGACACUCCGCCGGCGGCGGCGGCCGCGACGGCGACCACAUGCAGCUCCUCUUCGUCGUCUCCGACGGCCGCUUCGGCACGCGCGGCAAGGACGUCAAGCGCUGGAUCCGCGAGGCCCUCAAGCGCAACGUGUUCAUCGUCUUCAUCAUCACCGACGCCGCCCGCCCCAACGCCAUCAACCUCGCCACCCAGCCCCACCCCAACGCCGAGGUCGACGACGACGAGGCCGAGGUCCGGGCCAAGCGCGCCAAGCGGGCGGCGGCCAGGGAGGCGGCUGGAGGCUCGCCAGCGGCGACGGCGGCGGUGCGGAACGACAGUUCCAUUCUCGAGCUGCAGACCAUCACCAUCAACCGCGAGGGCAAGCCGGUGCGGUCGUCCUACAUGGACACGUUCCCGUUCCCCAACUACAUCGUGCUGCAGGACAUCAACGCCCUCCCCUCGAUCCUCGCCGACGCCCUCCGCCAGUGGUUCGAGCUCAUCCAGCAAAAGUUCUCCGCGUGA